AUGUCUAGCGCUACAAAAGGGUUGGAACCAGCAUUCCAAGGAGUAGGCCAAAAAGUAGGGACUGAAAUAUGGAGGAUUGAGAAUUUUCAGCCAGUUCCAUUGCCAAAAUCUGAUUAUGGGAAAUUCUACAUGGGAGAUUCUUACAUUAUCUUGCAGACAACACAAGGCAAAGGAGGCAAUUAUUUGUUUGAUAUUCACUUCUGGAUCGGAAAGGAUACAAGUCAGGAUGAAGCUGGAACUGCAGCCAUUAAAACUGUUGAACUUGAUUCAUCCCUUGGAGGACGUGCAGUGCAGCACAGGGAACUCCAAGGGCACGAGUCUGACAAGUUUUUGUCAUACUUUAAGCCAUGUAUUAUACCAUUAGAAGGAGGUGUUGCAUCUGGCUUCAAAACACCAGAAGAAGAGGAGUUUGAAACACGUUUGUAUGUAUGCAAAGGAAAAAGAGUUGUCAGAAUAAAACAGAUUCCUUUUGCGCGGUCUUCGCUGAAUCAUGAUGAUGUAUUCAUCUUAGACACUAAGGAAAAGAUUUAUCAAUUCAAUGGUGCAAAUUCCAAUAUUCAGGAAAGAGCAAAGGCUUUGGAAGUUAUUCAGUUGUUGAAGGAAAAGUAUCAUGAAGGGACAAGCAAUGUUGCAAUUGUCGAUGAUGGAAAGUUGGAUACUGAGUCAGACUCAGGUGAAUUUUGGGUCCUGUUUGGUGGUUUUGCUCCCAUUGGGAAGAAGGUCAUCAGCGAAGAUGAUAUUGUUCCAGAGACCAUUCCUGCUCAACUUUACAGUAUUGCUGAUGGUGAGGCCAAGUCUGUGGAUGGUGAACUCUCUAAGUCACUGUUGGAGAACAACAAAUGCUAUUUAUUGGACUGUGGUGCUGAGGUGUUUGUCUGGGUUGGCCGAGUAACACAAGUUGAUGAAAGAAAAGCUGCUUGUCAAGCUGCUGAGGACUUUGUUACGAGUCAAAAAAGGCCAAAAGCUACAAGGAUAACAAGGGUUAUUCAAGGUUAUGAGACACAUCCAUUUAAGUCCAACUUUGAUUCUUGGCCAUCAGGAUCUGCUUCUACUGCUGGUGCUGAGGAAGGAAGAGGAAAAGUUGCAGCUUUGCUGAAGCAACAAGGUAUGGGUGUCAAGGGAGCUGCAAAAAGUACUCCAGUUAACGAGGAAAUUCCACCUCUGCUUGAAGCAGGUGGAAAAUUGGAGGUAUGGAUAAUCAAUGGAAGUGCUAAGACUCCAUUACCUAAGGAAGAUAAUGGUAAAUUUUAUAGUGGAGAUUGUUACAUAGUGCUUUACACUUAUCACUCUGGUGAGAGGAAGGAAGACUACUUCUUGUGCUGUUGGUUUGGAAAACACAGCAUUGAGGAGGACCAAAAGAUGGCUACUCGGUUAGCUACUACAAUGUCCAACUCACUAAAGGGUAGACCUGUUCAGGGUCGCUUAUUUGAUGGUAAAGAAUCACCACAGUUUGUCGCACUUUUCCAACCUAUGGUGGUCCUCAAGGGAGGUUUGAGCUCAGGUUACAAAAAGUUAAUUGCAGAGAAAGGUUUGCCAGAUGAGACAUACACAGCAGAGAAUAUUGCUCUUAUUCGGAUUUCGGGAACAUCCACUCAUAAUAAUAAAACAAUGCAAGUUGAUGCAGUGGCAACAUCGUUGAAUUCUACCGAGUGUUUUCUUCUGCAAUCUGGCUCUACAGUUUUUACUUGGCAUGGCAACCAAUCUUCCAUUGAACAGCAGCAGCUUGCAGCAAAAGUUGCUGAGUUUUUAAGGCCAGGAAUUGCUUUAAAGCAUGCUAAAGAAGGAACAGAAACCUCAGCUUUCUGGUCUGCUGUAGGAGGAAAACAAAGUGUCACUAGCAAAAAAAUCACUAAUGACAUUGUUAGAGACCCGCAUUUGUUCACUUUGUCAUUUAAUAAAGGAAAAUUACAGGUAGAAGAGCUCUACAACUUUUGCCAGGAUGAUCUGUUGACAGAAGAUAUCCUCGUACUUGACACCCAUGCAGAAGUGUUUGUUUGGAUUGGCCAGUGUGUGGACCCAAAAGAAAAGCAAAAUGCUCUUGAAGUUGCCCAGAAAUACAUAGAAAAGGCUGCAUCUCUGGAGGGACUAUCUCCUCAAGUACCACUAUAUAAAGUAACCGAAGGGAAUGAACCUUGCUUUUUCACAACAUACUUUUCUUGGGAUCAUGCAAAAUCUACGGUUCAAGGAAACUCUUUCCAGAAAAAGUUGGCACUGCUAUUUGGGAUUGGUCAUUCUGUAGAGGAAAAAUCUAAUGGAUCAAGUCAAGGCGGUCCAAGACAAAGAGCAGAAGCUUUGGCUGCCUUAAAUAAUGCAUUCAAUUCAUCUCCGGAGACAGCACCCAGUACUGAUAGAUUGAAUAGCUUAAAUCAAGGAGGACCGAGGCAAAGGGCAGAAGCUUUAGCUGCCUUAAACUCUGCCUUCAGUUCAUCAACCGGAACUAAAGUUGUUACACCUAGGAAAUCUCCAAGAGGUCAAGGAUCACAAAGAGCAGCUGCAGUAGCUGCUCUUUCUAACGUUCUCACUGCUGAAAAGAAGAAACAAUCACCUGACGGUUCUCCUGUGGCAAGCGGUAGUCCUGUUGUUGAAAGUAACACUCCCGAUGCUAAAAGUGAAACUGCCCCUUCUGAAUCGGAAGGUCCUGAAGAAGUUACAGAAACCAAGGAGGCAGAGGAACUUGCUCCUGAAACUGGUAGCAAUGGAAAUUCAGAAACAAAACAAGAAGACGUAGAGGAUGGGCUUGAUAACCAAAAUAGUCAGAGUGUCUUCACUUAUGAGCAAUUGAAGGCUAAAUCUGGGAGUCAUCUGUCUGGAAUUGAUCUUAAACGCAGGGAGGCUUAUCUGUCAGAAGAAGAGUUUCUCACAGUUCGAUUUGUUCUAG